UCGUAUCGUGUCGCCGCCACCUCGCUCUAUCCACGGUUUCCCGUUGUUAGUCGGUACCGUCGCACGACCGCCGUUUUCAUCGGCCAACCACCGCGAAAAUACGACAGAAUAGGAACGGACCGCUGUUACUACCACCAAGGCAUUACUACAGCGGCUGCAGAGGCAUCGGCAGCGACAGUUGCAAAGAUGAAGUCGACAACUGCGGAUGAUGACAGCGGCUGCAGCUUGAAAGCGAGAGAUCUAUGGGUGGAUGUUAACGGCGUGCCCACUCGAGUGCUGUGUUGGGGCCAGCCGAUCGACGAGGACAAUAAACAUGAAUUAAAGAGAGUAGUGCUGUGCGUGUGCGGAAACCCGGGUGUAACGGAGUUCUAUGAAAAAUUUCUGCAGGAAGUCUAUCGGACCCUCAACGUUCCUGUCUGGGUGUUAUCGCAUGCAGGUCAUGAAGUUCCACCGUCGAAUUUGGGACUUACAGUCCCUGACCCUCAAAAGUAUCCCGAUCUUUACACGGUAAAGGGACAAAUAGAACAUAAAUUACGGUUUAUCGAGAAGUAUAUACCAGAUAAUUGCGAUCUAUAUUUUGUGGGUCAUUCAGUCGGGUCGAAAAUUAUAUCAGAAUUGCUAAAGGACAGUGCAAUGGCCCAGAGAUUAUCUGUUAAACGUUCAGUGUUCCUGUUUCCCACUCUACAGAAAAUGCGGGAGACGCCUAACGGACGUAAACUUGUAAAUUUUACUGCGUCCAAUUUUCUACCCAUCACAAUAUUUUUAUCUUGGAUUUUUACUACAUUUCCGGCUUUUAUCAAAACAUUUUUGGUAAAUAUGACCCUAAUAAUCAUGGAAGGAGGACGUGUCGAAGAUCAUGUUAUCCGGUCAGCCGUGCGUUUGGUUCAUCCAAUGGUGUUGCGCAACGUAUUUUUGGCAGUAGACGAAAUGGAUAAAAUAUACGAUUUGGACUUCAAGCCGUUGAAGGACAACGCGAAAAGAUUGCACAUGUACUUCGGCAAAACCGACAAUUGGUGUCCGACAUCGUUCUAUGACGACAUCAGCAAGUGCGUGCCGGAAGCAGAGACUGUACUGUGCGACAAAGGCUACCAACACGCAUUCGUGAUCGGUCAUUCCGACGAGAUAGCUGGCAUCGUGUGCGACUGGCUCCAACUCGACCUAGGGGACGCUUAAGUGAUGUAGUAUGCACUAACAUUGGGCGUCAUCUACAUCGACUGUUAUUUGCUUUCAGCGUUAAGAAAUUAUAUUUUUAUACAUUUUUUUUUAAAUUAUUAUUUUAUAAAUACAUUUUUGUACCUAUACCAAUGAUAUUCUUCUAGUCUGACACGCCUCACCUCGACACAAACAAAUAAUUCGUAAAUCGUGUAAUAAAUAUUGGGGUAGGGUAUAAUACAUUCAACAUUGUUAGUAUUGCAUAUAUAUCAAAUAUAUUUGAAUUAUGCCUGUAUAAUUAUUAGUAUAGUUUUAUAUUUCACAUGACAAAAUAA